CGAGGAAUCUUUAGAAUGUCCCAACGACCAGACAGUAACGUUUCACCUCUUCUUUUGCAGAACCACGCGAGACAUGAGUCGAAACGAACGUUGUUUCCUUCUUUUAAUAAUCUGCGUCCUGCUAAGUGAUUAUCAAGUGAACUCGGACCGGGACGCUCGUUUGUCGAGGAGAAAACGAUACGUCGUUUUUCCCGAAGGCUCGACUUUCUCUAUCGCUCUAUGUCUUACGGUGCAUACUCUGACACCGGACGAUAACAUUUUCACGGAGGGAGUCAAUUGGGGUAUCUCAUACGACCUACCAAACGAAAGCAAGCCGGCUCUAGACCCCCUUUUGCAAUUGAGACACGAUGAGAUUAAACCUCUGAAGAAAUAUGGUCAUCAUUCGACGGUGAACGCGAUCAACAAGAACAUUGUGAAAUAUUCCGGAUGGAACAGAAACGAUAAGUAUUACGUGAAACCAGGGAAAAGCAAGUACCACAAGUCAGACUACUAUUACUUGCAACGUAGACAUCGCAGGCAACUUUACAAUAAACUGGAGACCAUUAUGAACGCGAUGAACUUCGAAGGGAGAACGUGCGUGCUUCGAGCGCUCUGCGAGGCCUCUCAGCGGCUGAUGCCCAAAGGAAACACUCUCGUCGAAGAGAUGAUGAGGAUAUCAUUCUCCUUCCCUUUGAAGCGGCUGUUCGCUCAUGAGCCGGAGGAGCAUCAUGCGUAUAGCAGAGCUCACAAAGCAGGCCAUGAGGGCCAUGAUUGCGCCUCCAUGUACGCCGGAUGCAGUUUCUCCCUGAUCGACAUGGCCCUCGGGAAAUACGACACAUCAGCGACGCGGCGACCUCAACUUCCGCCAGGAUACGCCGAUACGGCUGAAUCUUUCGGAGACUGGGCCAGGUACAACAUGAAAUAACACGCUGGCUGUAUGCCGCUAGAAUUCCAAAGGGGUGUUUUCACGGAAUAUCUGGACGAGAAGUCGGUUUGAUUUGCGAAACAAAUCUUCUCGUCCCUAUCGAUAUUAGCACGUUCCGUACUGCGCGACUUUUUCGUUCAAGCAGUUUGAUAUUUUGCCUAUGGCAAGAAGGGAAGCUACGUAUUAUGUGUAUUUCACUUUUCGAUAUGAAUGUGUGUUUUCUCAUGAGACGUCGAACUGUUCUAUUCGCGUGAGAAACCGCAAAAUUAAAUAAUUAGUAAUUUGGCAUUAACCAUUAUGGAACGCAAUUUAUUUAAUAAAUGUGAGAAUUUGAAUGGCGCAGACGGAAUUGGCGCGGAACGUAAUGUGUUAAUGGCAUCGAAUACAAAAGCUUACAGUGAUCGCUGAACUUUAAUGGCACUGUAAAUAACGUCGAUGAUAAUAUCCAGGAGUACCAUUCCCCUCGAACGUUCUGCAAAGAAGUUGAAAGGAAGCGCUACAGUAGGGGAAUAGUAUCGCGUGACGUGUAAGUAACGCGAGUCGGUCUCAAAAAUAGCAAUAUCCGGAACGUAGUAGCGUACACAGCUGCAUUUUCGGUAAUUGGAUGAGCUUACCUAUCGGCAGAGCAAAAGCGGUAGAUGGAAUCGAAGCAAGGGAUGAAAUAAACGAGUGUGGAUAAGGCCUGCUAUGGCAUCCGGCUGUGUUCAGUUCGCCAGUUCCAAUCGAUAAUAACGAUUCUUUGUAAUAUUGUUACACCGUAGGUCAAUAUAUUCGAUAUAACAGGAUUACGUACUUCGUCGAGCCGAAUAUUACACGAAAUCGGGAAAACUGUUUCGUACAGGCAGCUACAAAUAGAUAAUCGCGCGAAUAAGUCGGCUUAGCUGGUUUCGUGGCUUUGCCGAUUUGCGUGAUCGCUAGGUGUUGUGGUGUACACGCCUGCUUCGAUUUAACUACGAUAACAGAUGGAAACAUUUGUUAAUAGCUCGCUGUAGAAUGCGUCGUAGUUCGUUCCAACCAAGCAAUUAGAGAUAAAUAUUGAUACGAAAAGUUGAAGCGAGGGACUUAAUAAACCCGAAUCCGCGUCGAAUCCGUUACACGAAUAUCCUCUCGUUUUUUCCUUCUCUUUCUGUCUGCUCUUCCCUCUCCUUUCUUUCUUCUCUGACCGUUUUCAUUCCUUUCGGUUCGGUACUCCGCAUGCACGCAUCGAUUGUCACUGGUUUCCGCUUUGCCACGCGGUGACGGCGCGUCCACGGUAACGAUAAGAGAUGAAAAAUUGUUGUAUGUUUCUGGCCAACGACGCGACGCCGUUUCCAGCGAUGAACAACAGCCAAAGCCCCGGGACUCGUUCCCGGAGAAAUUGAUUUUGGAUUUAUUCGGUGACGUCAUCGGCCACAGCCUCACCCUCGACGACGCACGAUAUUUCUGAUACGUAACAGAUCGCGUUUGCAUCGUUGGACAUGCGUGGGUCUUGGCUUUCUAUUCGUCUUGUUACGUUCGUCAGAAAAGUUGUUGAGAUUUUGUCCUCGUAACAACCGAUACUCUCAACGUUCGUUACACAAUGCUCCAUUCGUUCGACAAUGUUUUGUUCUACGCGACCACAGUUCCACGUAUACUCGAAUCGUCGCUCUGUUUGACGAGGAAAUGGCACGAACAGAAGAUAAGCUCAGUUCGUUGAUUUCCAAGCAGACCGCGUAGAACGGAUGGAGUAGAACGAGUCGGCACAUAGUCAGACGUGAAAUGUACGUAGCUUGUACGUUGACCCUACGUCGCUGAAGUAGAAUAGCGCAGUAAGUAGAUGAGUGAGUAGAAUGGCCCUGCACGUGGUCGGGCGUUCGAUCCUUGUAAAGCGACCGAUACCCAUGGAUGGGAAACGAAGUGAAAGAAGCACAUAUUUUCCAGCUUAAGCUAGUAGAAUGCGGCCCAUGAAUGUAGUCAGACACGUCAUACAAUGUUCUUAAGUCGAUAAGUGGAACGAAUUUGUUCUGCGAGCUCGACUGUGUGCAAGUCGAUAGAAAAAUGAAUAUUUGCCCAUUGUCAUUCGUAUUGUGCAACUUGUCUGAAAAGUAUAUAACCUGAAAAGCUACUGUCUCAAUCCAAACAUUGACAGUAUUUGUAAAAGUCCUUCAUUUUAUUCUAAGUAUCUUCCUUUGGCAUUCUUCUGGAUACUUACACACUUGAAAGGUGUUUUUAGCAAACUUUUUAUUGGAAUUUCGAAUCUUCGAAAUAGGAGGAAUGGAUGAGCACACACUGGCAUCUACGUGCCAAUUUCUUGAUCGAGAAAGUUACAUGCAGCAGCGGUACGAUGAGUACAUGAAUUAUACGAAACGCCGGACAUAUUAAAUUACUGUCACAUCGAUUAAUAUGAUUUACGUGAUGUACAGUCAGUCACGAAAGCUUUUGACACCUCAUAAAAGAGGUCCAUUUUUAUUUAAAUAAAAAAUAUAAAGACGUAUAGUACCAUAUUGAUUUUUUAAUAUAUUUUCAUAAAGCAAUAAUAAAACAGUUCUCAAUUGUUUUGAUAUAGAACGCACCAGUUUUGCAAUCAAAUUUUAUAGCUUUUUAUUCCAAUUAGAAAAAUUGCCUUUUUAUACGUUUUACACAAAUUUUUGUGGUUAACUAUAUAUAAGAAUCUCUUAAGUUGACAAUUUCAAAUACCUAACUCAAAAGUCAAAUAAUUUCUUAAGAAACAUUCUUUCUUUCAGUCAAAAGUUAAAUGGUAUCAACGAGAUAACAACUUAAUGUUAUUAAAAAUGUAAUGAAUUAAUUUUUCGUUUUUGUAAAUAAAAGCGUAAAUAUUACUUAUACAUAAUUUGUAAAAUGUCAUUGACCUGUGAUCGUUAUAGAACUUACUUAAAACAACGACGAACUCCGCUAUUUCCCAAUCAGACUGUGCAUGCACGAAGAGCAAAAGGAAAAGAAGAGAUAACAAAACGAUCGGUAAAGAAGGGGCAGAGCUAGUCGCUUUUCUUGUCUCAUCCGCGGAAUAAAAUUCAGUAGCAGCGAACAGAUAUCGAUUCCGUGACAGUGACACCGCCCCAGUUCGCGGGCCAAACCGGGCGUGGUGUAAGGCCGCUUAUAACAACCCUCUUUUCCACGACACUACCGAUUCCGUACGGUUAACCACAAUUCCCCGGGUGAAAGAAGCAAGAGCUACUUCUCUUCGUCCUUCCCUUCCGUCUCCACGGCCUCCGUCAGUUUUUUCGCCGCCACGCUUUUCAUCCGCCGUAGCGAUAUCGGCGACGUCGUUUUUUAUGCAUAAGACGCGUUUCAAAGCACAUUUUUGGAAUUACCGGUAUCGCCAGUCGCAGAGCGGCCAGCACAAUAGAUCCAUAAUUUAAGGGAAUCAACCUUUUGACCGCGCAACGUCUGAUUUGUUUGUUGACAAAUUUUGCCCUCAGCAUCGCGUCUUUUGUUCACCCGUUUCUUUCUCGUCGUGGCUGAAACGCUUGGAAAAUGUUGUUCGCGUUUCUCUCAUGCUACAAUAGACAGGUAAACCAUUCGCGGAGAAUCGUCGCGAGAGUUUGUUGGAAAUGAUUAAUUUCUAUUAGCAGUAAAUCAUGACCGAUUAUCGCCCCUAUUACGGAUUGGGUAGAAUUUAAUUUAGGAAAUUACCCCCGGGACUGUGGCUAAUGGUUGAUCGAUGCAGGAAUCAUCGCUGCCAAUGACGAGCUCUGUAGAGACAGCAGUCGCCGCCAGUUCGCGGACUAUGUUCGUCGAUCGAACAAAUAAUCGUUCUUUCGCAGCGAAAUUAUGAGAUUCGAUUGUCUGGCUUUUUGGCUGUAAAGAACACAGUUUUCUCGUUCGUUUUCGUUGUCACCGAUGGAGAAAGUUUUCAGUGGAUUCGAACAUCGAACGCUAGCUCGAAAGAGCGCCCGUUGGAAAAGUUACCGACGUAACUGGCUCUUCCGAUGAAAGUUUCGCAUGAAAAGUUCAACCACGUAAAAGUGGUGUACUGUAUCGAGACUGAUCACACGAUGAGAGACUCGCGAAAUCGCUCGUUGGCAGAUUCGUUCUCAAAUCUACUUUCCUAUCGUUGGAACAUUUACAUGGCUCGCGAGGCGGUAUAUCUUUGAACUUUUAUUUCCAGAUUAAUAGUAGACAUUCCACGAAAAAAAAAGAAAAAAAAAAAAUGAUAGCAAAUGCAUUUUCCAAAUCUACGCGUUACAUUUCGUUUUUAUUACACUUCAAAGCCUGGUUUUGCUAGGAACAUGCCAAUUAUUUUAGAAAGGGUCGCUGAUUUGUCAAACUUCUCUCUUCGGAUACCAACGGAUAACUUUCUAUCGAAUAAUCCAAAUAUCAAUACCAAUUUACAGUUACACCGUGUAUCUGCAAACAGGCCAUAUGGUAUGGGACGCGUGUGUACGCUACGGAUCGCAUUCGCUAACAUUCGAUUAGCCUCUUUACGAACAAUGGACGACGUGACUAUCAUACUCAGACGAUGCGUUGCGGCGGCAUGAUCGUUCGAACAUUUAAACGCGCGUAACGCUAUAAAUCACAUCGGACCAGACGAAGCAGAAUGCAAACAGGCCGGUUAUGGCCCCGUACGAAACGACUUCCGCUUGCAAAGAUGUCGCAGCCGAAUCAAACGAAUCUUGUCACUUAUCGAAAGAUUAUAAUCUGCCCUCGUUUUUCCGAUAAGUAAAUUCCAAUUAAUUUCAUCGGGGGCAAGCAAAUGGCUGUCGCGAAUCAAAGUCAGGGCUAACAUUAGUAGAACGAGCGUCUGUUUGAUUAUCUGUUCGUUGGCUGAACAAUGACACGACGAGAUGGGAAGUUCAAUCGGUUCUCUGGCUGGUUUCCGCAAAGUGCCGUCACCAGAAUCGAUAUCUCGAUAGGAUUCGAACGUAUGUGGGAGCAUGUGAAAGUUUUCUUUAUUUUCAACGCACGAUGAAAAAUUUCGCGGAGAAAAUCAAUUUUAAAUCAAUGUCAAUACUUGAACAUAAUUAAUUAAUAUAUACACGCUAUAAUGAAUAUGACGGUGUACAAAUAUUCUUUGUAGCUACUGCGUAUGAAUUUCGGGUGGAUAAUAAUUUUCGUUUGGGUAGGAACCGUAUAUAUCCCGGUCCGCGUUAUCGCAAUUUGAAACCGAGCGAGUUAAAUUUUCUUUCAAUUAGAGAUCCGCUGAUAUUCAAAUAUUUGAAAUAACAAAGUUAUAUAUUCGUUGGCGGAUUAAGCAAACCUAACCCAAGCCGACAGUGGUUUGUUAACCAGCAUAGAAAAUGGAUCUUCCUAAAAAGGAGUUCGUGUUACUUUUUAAAUUAUGCUUUAAAACACGAAACACGUAGCUUCGUUUCUUGCCACUUUCCGCUUCAUAAAGGAUUAAAGUACUGCGCCCAUGCUUGACUAUUCCCCGCCGCUUAAGGUCCAAAUUGAAAGGGAAAGAAUUGCUGGCCGGUCGACGUGACGAGAAUUAGAAAGAAACGCGUGGCGACGCUACACGUAUUAAAAGUGAUAAUUAAGCAACGAAUACGCAAACGAGGCUACGACGAUCGCGCGAAUUCGCUCUUAUCUCGUUACAGUAUAAUCAUUACGAUAAUCAAAUAUUCUCUUUUGCUAAUAUAUCCGUUUUGUUAAUGGGAGAAUUAUCGAAAAAGUUACAGAUGUUGGAUUUUGUAGAUGUUAAUAAAAUUAUAACACUCGUGCAGUUUAACACUUUGACUGCUACGUUGGUCAUAUAUGACCGGCCACGGUUUUUCCUGUGACGUCACGGUGGUCAUUAGUGACCGGAGCGCUUGAACUUCUUACAAUUGUAAAAAUUGAAUGAAAAUUGACAGUUAGGG